GGCUGGAGGCCAAAGAGAGUGGCCCUGUCUCCCGCUAGGACUGCAGUCUGUAGACUCCUGGCGAGCUAAGCAAUAUCACGGCUGGAGGUGAGGGCUCAGACCCAGAAGAAAACUUCCCAGGGUCCCACAUACGCUGCACCUUUGACGAGAGCCCAUCUGAGGUCCAGACCCCUCCAGUGGUCCUGGUCCAUGGUCCCUGCUCCCGGGCCUGGCCUGGCCUUGGGAGGCUCUGAGGCUCUGGGGGCCUUUGGGCUGGGGUGGAGCGGAGAGGUCAUCUGUCGUGCCACCCUUGGGACCAGGAACACCAGGGAUCCCUUAUCCGCCAAGGACACUGGGGCAGACGACCCUGACAUGACAGAAGAUGGUCACAAACAGUGAGUGUGUGCUGCCCUACUACACAGCCCAGAGCGGCUCUGGAGCCGGCAUGUUUAAAACCACCAUGGGUAAGCUGCAGCGGCACCUGCACAAGGGUGAGUACGACAUGUUCCGAUAUGCCCCAAUAUUCGAGAGCGACUUCAUCCAGAUCACCAAGCGUGGGGAGGUGAUUGAUGUGCACAACCGCGUGCGCAUGGUGACUGUGGGCAUCGCCUGUACCAGCCCCAUUCUCCUGAUCCCCGACGUCAUGCUCCUGGCCCGGCCGGCCACCUACUGCGAAGAUAUCGAGGGACUUGGACAGGUCACCAAGGGGAAAAACCGCAAGGCGGCAAAGCCCUUGGAGCUCACCAGGCUUCUCCCCUUGAAGUUCGUGAGGAUCUCUGUACAUGACCGAGAGAAACAGCAGCUGCGCCUGAAGUUCGCCACGGGCCGAUCCUGCUACCUGCAGCUGUGCCCUCCCCUCGACACGUCCGAAGACCUCUUCACCUACUGGGAGAAGCUGAUUUACCUCCUACGGCCACCUGUGGACAGUAACAGCAGCACCUACGCCACCCCUGCCGAGGACAUCCUGUGCAUGCCUGCGCUGCCAGACGAGGGCAGGACGAGCCCGACUGCCUCGAACUCCCAAGGCAAAGGUGACCAGGACCAGGUCAGCAUCCGGAGUUUCCAUGUGAUCCCCGAAGUGACGAGGACCACCUCUGCUGCUUACGCUGGUGGGGAGGGAAUUCAGCCUGGCUCUCAGUACUCCCCCACUGCCACACCCAAAGUAUCCACCUCAAAAAUGAGAUCCACAGAGUUUGCCAAAGGAUCAGCAUCAGAGACAAAAACAGAGGUGGCAAUAGCUGGGGCGACAGUGGGAGAUGGAGCAGCAGUGGCAGUAGGGACAGCAUCAGGGACAGCAUCAGGCACCUUGAGUGUGGCAGCAAGCAAGUCAGGCUCUGGACAGGUGACCGCAGCUCUGGCAGGGGCAGGUGCCAUAGGGGAAGGCAGAAGCAAAAGCCCUGUGGCAGGCAGUGACAAGGCAAAGAGCCUGAGUGUCGCUGUGGCAGGCACUGUGACACAGCAGUCAGAGCCCAAGCCUCCCAGCGCCUCCCCAAAAGACAGCAUGAGCGCAGCAUUUGCAGGAGGAGAAGCCACCCACAAGGGCUCUGGGGAAGUGGCCAACACCUCAACCUCGGAAGUGGCAGUGAGCAAAAGUCCUAAGGACACAGAGGCCAGACAGCAGGGCGCCCCCCAGGCUAGCCAGGCUGCCCACAAGGAACGAAAGGAAAGAAAGAAGAGAGAGAAGGACAAAGCCACGAGUAAGGGUUCGCGUCACCAUCACCACAAGACCCACGAAGAUCACCACAAAGCCUCAGGGGACAAGAUGGCCCGAAAGUCAUUCAGUCGGUCCUCAUCCGGCCGCAGAAAACACAGAGCCGGUAAAAAGGAAAAAGGCAGCCACCGCAGUGCCAGGGGCAGCAGGCACAGUCGCACCCCCAAAGGCACUAGCCGCACCUCCACUGAGAAAGAAUCCAAAACCUCACACAAAUCCAGGAGGAGCUUAUCAACCAAGAGCUCAGGUUCCACACCCAAGACAGCCAGGAGUUCGGGGUCCACGCCCAAAGUGGCCAGGAGCUCAGGGUCCGCACCCAAGACAGCCAAAAGCUCAGGUUCCACGCCCAAGAAGGCCAAAAGCGAAGGGUCUGCACCCAAGACAGUCAAAAGCUCAGGGUCUGCACCCAAGAGACUGGGCAAGUUCAGCUCUUUCCUGAGGACCUUCAGGGCCAACCUCACCACGAAGGGUGCGGUCUCACUGCAUGGUGGUGAUGUGGACAUUGUGGCCAAGACAGUGGAGACCACCAACGUGGAGGCCAUCGUGGAGACGGCAGAGAAUGGCCAGGAAGUGGAGAUCGUUGGUUCUGUGACAUCUGCAGUCAUCGAGUCGGUGACUGUUGAAACCCAUUAAACAGCACCUCGAGCCAGAGGCCACAAAGGCCCCCAAGAGCACCCUGAGAGAGCCUAUUCUAGCUUUCUUUACU